CAGGUAGCCGCUGCAUGUUUUCAGGAAUGCCAUUCAGUCGUGCACAAACUGCGUGAGAAAAGUCGACAUUUCUACUGAGACCAAGGUGAUUGCGAACAAAUUGAUGAAAAGUCAUCCAAGGAUUCACUUCUUGAAAAAAUACAGGGUGUAUUUUACCCAUCACUGGAGGAACUUGUCCCAAGGGCCGACUCAUCAUUGACAAGAUAUUGAGUGAUCUGUAGAGUCACUACUGAAUAUCGGCAGUCAGAUUGGGAGCUAGUUAUAGGAUGGCAGGCACAGCAAGGCACGACCGAGAGAUGGCAAUAAGUGCCAAGAAGAAAUUGAAUUCCACGAAAGAUCCAAUCGAGAAGUUGAGAUUGCAGUGUUUGGCCAGAGGCUCGGCUGGUAUCAAAGGAAUCGGACGCGUCUUCCGAAUAAUGGAUGAUGAUGGUAGUCGAACAUUGGACUUCAAGGAAUUCAAGAAAGGCAUCUCAGAUUAUGGUUUAGACCUUGAUAUGAAGGAACUUCAAGAAAUGUUUAGUUCCUUUGACAGAGACGGAGGUGGAACUAUUGACUUUGAUGAGUUCCUUAUAUCCUUGAGGCCACCCAUGUCCAAAGCAAGAAAGGACGUUAUUUCAAGAGCGUUCCGUAAACUGGACAAGACAGGAGAUGGUGUCAUCACAAUAGAAGACUUAAAGGGAGUCUACAAUGUCAAGAAGCAUCCAGAGUUUCUCAACGGGCAGAAGACAGAAGAUCAACUCUUCAGGACAUUCCUGGACAGUUUUGAGCCAAAUUCGGCAGAAGCGGAUGGUCAGAUAACAAAAGAAGAGUUCCAGAAUUAUUAUUGCGGUGUGAGUGCAUCCAUAGAUAAAGACGCCUACUUCUUAUUAAUGAUGCAGAAUGCAUAUAAAUUGUGAUAGAAAUAAAGAUUCUUGAAGAAUAGUUGAACCUUGAUCAAGUCAUCGUCUGUCUUGGAAAUUCCUGAUGUAAAAAGAAUCAUUUGAAUGACAAGCGUCUGAAGACUGUUGGAGACAUUCCACCAUAAGUGCCAAUGACUGGUAAGCCACAGUGACCAAAUAUUAAGAAAGGAAUUCAGAAAAAUAAGAAAAGAGAUGCUCCUGAAUGAAUCACUUCUUAUAAGUCUCGAUGGAUUAUUUUGAUAUGCUUUGUUUUUAUUUAAAAGUCUAUUUUAAUCAGUCUUUCAAGUAUUCAUAUGUUUUGAAUUUAGUUUUGGAUACAAAUCACAACCCCCUCACGUCAAAUGUUAAAAAAUUAGUGUAUAGUAAAUAAAAAUGAAAUAAUUGAAAUGUAUUCUUCUGGAUCUCAUUUUACCUCUUCAAUUUUUUUUCGGCUAAAUUUUUUUUUCAAUUGAUAAAAUGAAGAGAAAUAACGUCUUCAUUUUUAAAUUAAUAGUAAAACCUGACUCUUACUUCAUGCAAAUUGUGGGAACAAUGCAAACUUCUUACUUGUGCGUGGGAAUGCUCUUUGCAUUCGCUUAAGCAUGAAGUAAAAAUCAAGUUUUAAGAAAAGAUUUAUUGUAACUUGAUCAUGUGUUGUGUAAUUGUAAAUAUUCCAUGUACUUAAGAUAUCAUUGUAAAUUGUCAUUUUGUCAUUGUAAUAGGAGACUUGUUUUGACUUUCGCUGGCAGUAGACUUACUCAGUCAAUCUGAUUUGUCACAAUGACCAACAGAGCUGUGUAUUGUGAGAGUGGCCACAUUUGUCUGGCACCCUUUGUACUUGUGUUUUGGACCCAAAUUGUGCAUUUUCUAAUAGCGCUAACUCUCAUAACGCAGCUCUGUAGAGAUAACUACUGCCCCCUAAUGUCUCAUACUUGUCAACCCUGCGUAUGUACAGGAGCCUCUAGAGGGCGACAUUGUGAAUAGUAUGGUCACAUUGUAGCGUACUUAAAUUGUCAUUUUUAUCUUUUUUUCUUUCAAGGGGUCUGAAAAUGAAAUCAUGUUACAUUUUUGUUGUACAAAUUCAUAGAAGUGUAAAUAAUCUUUAAAAAAAGUAUCGAAAGAGAUUUGUCAACCCUGAAAAUAAUGUGACUAUGUAUUCCUGUUUUACCAACCCGUCCUUUUUGUGAUUAUCCCAAAUAAAGGUCUAAAUUAUCAGUAUUUUUUUUCAAUUUUAAAAGUAAGUUUUGCAUUCACAAAUUUGAGUCAAAUUUGACAUUCUAGAUUCAUUUGAUGGUAAGCUUAUACUGUUUCAAAUGUUUCUGUCCAGAAUAAAAAAAUAAUUAAAGAUUAAACUUCAGAAUAAAAGGUUGACUCAAAACAUAAAACGGUAGCUGAAGUCCAGACCAGAUUCUCAACAACUAUGAUUUCCCAUGCUCAAAGACAUUUCCUUAUCAAAUUCCAUUAUUUUGUUUAUAUUGGGUUAAAAACAGCUAUUUAUUUUUAGAUCACUGUUUGUAAUUCUAGAUGUUUUUAUCCGUUUCAAUAUUUUAUAGCUUGGGUGAAUUAUGGUUCAAUUUAGAAUGGUUAUUCUGUCUGUGUCUUGCAAGGAUGUGAGUGGCUCAAAGGAAAUCAGUGUAAAGUGUUUGAAUUAAAAUGAAAGUGAUUACUUACACAUUUCAAUGUUUUUAAAUCGACUUUCCACAAGAUAUUGUUUUAGUUUUUACAAGCUUGUUUUUGAACAAAACAUAAGACAAGUUAAUGUUAUUGUAUUCGAUCUUAGGACUUUUAAACUGACUGUUUUAAUGUUGUUGUUUUUUUAACCAGCGUUUUAAUAUAUCUCCAGCUUUAUUCCUAAAAUAAAUGCACUGCCACCUUGCGUUGAGUCAUCUCUGAUGAUGAAGGUCAUGUUUACAGUGAUAUCACCAUAGUAACAGUUGCUAUAGAAGUGUAGCAUCAUGGAUGACUUACCUUACUGUAGUUAAUGGGCUGUGUAUUGUUGUAAUUAAAAACAGCUGGGGUUAAUUUUAUAUUGCUGUUAAGCUUGCAGACUUACUAAGAAACUAAUGCUCUGCAUUACAGGUUACCAGCCAAAUUAACCUGUGGCGUAUAUAAGUGUUUGAGACUGGUUUCCUGUUCAAUUUUGCUUAGCAAGGUUAGUAAUCAGUUCGUAAUUUUUUGUAAGUUGUCCUGGGCUCAAUUUCACAAAGCACUAGGAUUCAUCUUAAGCCGAGUGGUAAUCAUUAUUAUAGUGAGUUGUAUGAUGACAUCACACUUUGCUUAGCAGUUUAGAGUGUCUUGCAGUAAGAUCAGUCUUGGCUCUUUCUGAAAUCUACCCCAGGUCUUCUGCUUAGUUGUGAUUGCUGCUGUCGCUGAUGUUUUAUUGGUAAAUGUGAAUGGGGUUUUUAUGUUUUGAUAGGUGAUGUGUUUUUUCCUUGAUCGUAUAACUGUUUGUUCAUUUGGUGUUUUUUUUAAUGAUACAGGGUCUCUCAAAAUGAUAUGAAAUAAACUGAAAUUAAUUAGAAUGAAGAGAAAAGACAAUUGGAUUCUAAUCAAAUGUAGCGCAAACAAAAUCCGACUUCAAAAGCUGCUUCGCCUAAAAUAAAUUAGCCAGCGAGUAAUGUGUAACUGGAUAAAAUAUUGUAUUGGCUUUUAGCUUGUAUAACAUUGAUGUUAACA